GGCAGUAUCAACAUGGCAGCUUUCUGAGUUUUGGAGGAGGGUAGCUGGUGUAAAUAAACACAAAUUUCACGUUUUACAGAUAACGACAGCGUCGGCGUGUUGUUCUUUAGGACUGGUUGGGCCACAGAGAGAAAAUGUCGAAUGACGGAAAUAAAAAACAGUUCUGGAAAAGAAACGCAGCGAAGGUUCCUGGCAGCAUCCAGCAUGUGUAUGGCGCACAACAUCCACCUUUCGACCCGCUCCUCCAUGCUAAUUUGAUUAAAGCCGGUAACAAGCCUCCUCCGGCCACGCCAGGCAAGCCCAAGAAGGCUACCACCUUCCAGGAGUUUGAGAGCAUCACAAGUGACGCCUGGGAUGUUGGGGACGAUGACGACGAGUUGCUGGCCAUGGCUGCACAGAACCUUAAUAUCGAAGUUGUCAUGGAAACAGCCAAUAAGGUCAUUGAGAAUCACAGCAAGCAGCAGGAGAGACAGAGGCAGGACGACACGACAGAGCUGGAACAGAGAGAAGAGGACACACAGGAGGAGGUGGCAGAGGACGAGGAGGAGGACGAGGAGGAUGAGGAGGACAGGGUGGGGGAGGGAGACGUGACCAGCCCAGAGGUCUCGUUUGCCUCCCAGAGCAGCCCUUACGCUGAUGGCCGCCUUGUAAAAUCCCAGAGCGAAGCUCCAAUUGGGUCACCUAAAGAUGCAGCAGGUGAGCACGCAGCCCUCCACAGACAGCGGUCUCUACCCCACCGGCCGCCCGUCAUCCCGCUAGUGGCUCGCAUGGCUGACCAGAACACAUCAGGCACCCCGGCCAUGACUGAGAGGGAAGCGUCCCGUCUGGAUAAGUUCAAACAGUUGUUGGCUGGGCCCAACACAGAUCUGGAGGAGCUACGGAAACUCAGCUGGUCUGGAAUCCCGCGACAGGUUCGGCCGAUAACGUGGAAGCUGCUUUCAGGUUACCUGCCAGCUAAUGCAGAAAGAAGAGAGAGCGUCCUGCAGAGGAAGAGACAAGAAUAUUUUGGCUUCAUCCAGCAAUACUAUGACUCCCGCAAUGACGAACACCAUCAGGACACAUACAGACAGAUUCACAUUGACAUACCGAGAACUAAUCCUCUUAUUCCUCUCUUUCAACAAGCUUCUGUCCAAGAGAUUUUUGAGCGAAUCCUUUUUAUCUGGGCCAUCCGCCAUCCAGCCAGCGGCUACGUGCAGGGCAUCAACGACCUGGUCACGCCGUUCUUUGUCGUCUACGUCUUUGAGUACAUCGAGGAGGAGGUGGAAAACUUUGACGUGUCCAGUCUGCAGGAAGAGGCUCUGAGGAACAUCGAGGCUGACAGCUUCUGGUGCAUGAGCAAACUCCUGGACGGCAUCCAGGACAACUAUACAUUUGCCCAGCCAGGCAUCCAGAGGAAAGUCAAGGCCCUGGAGGAGCUGGUCAGCAGGAUUGAUGAGUCUGUGCACCGCCACAUGCAGCAGUACGAGGUGGAGUACCUGCAGUUUGCCUUCCGCUGGAUGAACAACCUCCUGAUGCGGGAGCUGCCACUACGCUGCACGAUCCGACUGUGGGACACCUACCAGGCUGAACCAGAGGGCUUCUCGCAUUUCCACCUCUAUGUGUGUGCCGCCUUCCUGGUGAGGUGGAGGAAAGAAAUUCUUGAAGAGAGGGAUUUUCAGGGUCUGAUGAUCCUCCUGCAGAACCUCCCCACAAUGCACUGGGGCAACGAGGAAGUGAGUGUACUGCUGGCUGAAGCCUACAGGUUGAAGUUUGCCUUUGCUGACGCGCCCAACCACUACAAGAGAUGAUAAGUGUGGCUCUCUGCGGCCGCUCCCUUCUCCUCCUCCUCCCCCUCUUCCUCCUACUUUUCCUGACCUGCAGUCAUGUACUGAACUUCGAGGCCUCUAUUCCCUCAGGGAAGGACCUCCCUUUUUCUUAACCUCCCUUUCCCACAUUGCCCAAUGGGCCUUUCAGCUACUAAGAGAUUUGAUUCAACCAAGGACUGAGAGGACAUGCGGUGUAGCAUUUUAACAUGUUGAUGUGGAGCCUUUUUUUAAAUUAUUUUGUUUCUGAUCAGCUCUGAAAUGUGCACUCCUUCAGCCCAGUGCAGAACCCUCCUCAUCACUGAAGACUUUUUUUGGAGUUCGGUCAUCCUCAGGCCCGAUGCAGGACCGUGAGCUCAGCACCAGCGGGAGUUAAGUCCAGCUCAGAAAAAAGUUAUUUUCUGCUACGAAAAAAUCAGAUGCCAUGGCAAUAUGUUUUCUCUUCUUUUUCUGUUUCCCGAGGCCAAAAUGUGACCUUUUUUCGGUUGCAAAGACAAAGAAGGCAAAAGGGCACUGCGCUAGAUGGUUUACAUAUCUGAGUCCGCUCUCCUGGUCACAACACAACCUGAGGGAACAUGACCUCUCCUGUUUUCGUUUCUUUUUUUUUUUUUUUUUCUCUUGCUGCUUGCCAGGAGGGACACAGUUUCCUUCAAGACAAACCAACACACUUUACAGAGAGAGAUUGUCAAUCUGAGGGUGGGAAACAUGUCUCCCUCCAUCUACAAACCACACACACCAACUCAAUUCACCCCCUUUAUCUCAUCCUCCCACCCACACUGCAACAUCACAGUGUUUCAGUGUAAGACAGAAAGUGGUGAGAGGCCGCGGAGUCACACCACAGAUCGACAUCGCAGAAGCUGAUAAGCCAUUUGGAGGAAGGAAGCUACUUAUUCCCACUCAGCCUGCUUAUGAAGUCUUAUCUAUCAAGUACCCCUCCUCUCUGAACCCAGGACUACCUCAGAACACACAACGAGAAAUCCACAUACAUACAUUUGCACGUAUGUCGCUAAAUUGGGAAACAUGCACACAGUAAGGGGGGGUCAAAAUAAAUUAUUUUAAUCAUC